AAGACGUCAGAAAUGAAGAAGUUUCGGAAGGUGUUGGACGGGCUGACCACCUCCUCUCCAGGUGGCGGGACUAUGGGAUCGCCGUCGUGUGGUAGCACCGCCGGGACCCCCACCGCGGCGCCGACCCCCAAAGAAAUCGACGUGCAAGAGACACUCGUGUCAGAAAACUUUCAGCUGUGUAAGACGGUGCGCCACGGUUUCCCCUACCAGCCCACCGCUCUGGCCUUUGACCCCGUGCAGAAGAUUCUGGCAAUCGGCUCCAGAUCAGGUGGUGUUCGGAUGUAUCCUUGCCAUCUGCUCACGGAGACACGCCGACCAACUGGGGCCUUGGUCUCAGCUUGUGCAGAUGACACAUUACACUUGUGGAAUCUUCGUCAGAGACGACCGGCUAUUCUGCAUUCACUCAAGUUCAACAGAGAAAGGAUCACAUUUUGCCACCUUCCCUUUCAGAGUAAAUGGCUUUAUGUGGGGACAGAGCGCGGGAACACACACAUCGUCAACAUCGAGUCCUUCAUUUUAUCCGGAUACGUCAUCAUGUGGAACAAAGCCAUCGAAUUAGCAACAAAAACUCAUCCAGGACCGGUUGUUCAUUUGAGUGACAGCCCAAAGGAUGAAGGCAAGCUUCUUGUUGGGUUUGAGAGCGGGACAAUUGUACAGUGGGACCUCAGGGCCAAAAAGGCUGAUUUCAGAAUCUACUAUGAUGAGGCCAUCCACUCAGUAUGCUGGCAUCAUGAAGGAAAACAGUUCAUGUGCAGCCACUCAGACGGCAGCCUGACCCUGUGGAACCUCAGAAAUACCUCCAAGCCCAUCCAGAUCACUUUCCCACACGGUAAAAUACAGAAAGAUGGGAGGAAGGAAUCAUGUAAACCAAUAUUGAAAGUGGAUUACAAGACCUCAAGGAACAGUGAGCCUUUUGUUAUCUUCUCCGGCGGUCUUUCAUACGACAAGGCGGGUCGACGGCCUACAUUAACCAUCAUGCACGGCAAGGCAAUUACAGUGCUAGAGAUGGACUACCCUAUUGUGGAGUUCAUGACGCUUUGUGAUACUCCUUACAAUAACGAAGUCCAGGAUCCGUAUGCAGUGGUGGUGCUUUUAGAAAAAGAUUUAAUAGUGGUGGAUCUGACGCAGAGCAACUUCCCUGUCUUUGAGAACCCAUACCCCAUGGACAUCCACGAGUCUCCAGUUACAUGCACAGCUUAUUUUGCAGACUGCCCUCCAGACAUCAUCCCUGUCCUUUACUCCAUCGGCGCUAAACACAAGAAGACCAACUACAGUCAAAAGGAAUGGCCAGUUAGUGGGGGAAUGUGGACGUUAGGCUCGCACACCUACCCAGAGAUCAUCAUUACUGGACAUGCAGAUGGAUCAAUCAAGUUUUGGGAUGCAUCUGCAAUUACACUGCAGAUGUUAUACAAGCUGAAGACCUCCAAGGUGUUUGAAAAGCCAAAACAAAACGAGGGCCGUGGUGCAGAACUGGUGGACGAUGACCCUUUUGCGGUGCAAAUGGUCAGCUGGUGUCCCCAAAGUCGCAUCUUUUGUGUCGUGGGGAUUUCGGCCCACAUUAUCCUCUACCGCUUCAGCAAAUAUGAUGCCAACACUCAGAUUGUGUCUCUCGAGGUGCGACUUCAAUGUGAUCCGGAGGAUGUCAUCUCCCCUUCUGAAAAUGAAAACAAUCCGUGCUUCUCAGAGCCCCAGUCGGGCUCUCACUCUCCUCAGCUCCAUCACCCAGUGAGCCCCGGUGGCGGAACACCCGAGUCUUUAAAGGAUUGCACACCCUGCCUUAAGGUAAAGGAUCGUGCGGUGCGGGUACCUCCUGGUUACCAGGCAGAGCUAGUCAUCCAGCUGCCUUGGAUAGAUGGAGAACCUCCACAGCAGGUUUCAAGCCUGGACAUCAACUCCGCCUAUGGCCUUUUGGCAUUCGGGAACUGUAAUGGCCUUGCGGUGGUCGACUACUUGCAGAAAACCAUCUUGUUGUGCAUGUCCACUUUGGAUUUGUACGGAGCCGCCGAUCCCUAUCAACGCCUUACCCGCUCACCCCGCAGGAACAGACAGUCCACCUCAGGCCUUACUGAACUAUCUGAUAACCAGCAGUCUCUUGACAUGGAGAGAAGCAAGUCGCCCACCUCAGUUCAUUACCCAACCUCCCUUCACAAUGACCCACGCGUCCUACCAGAGCCUGUGGCCAGUCUGAGAGCCAGCCACUGCAGCCCAGUCUUUUACUUAUUGGACAAUGGUAAGAGGAGGGAUGCGUCACAUAUCCACCUCAUGGUCAUAUGUUUGUGGCUUUUUGCACUGUAUGCAGCAAUGAAGUGGACAACAGCAAUAACGGUUUUCUACUACUAG